CCACAACAUCCCCCUCCAGGGCCAGUACCAUUGUCACCACGGCCCGGGGGUCCCUCUGGGACAGUUGUGUGACUUCACGAUGGACUGCCCACUCGGCGACGACGAAGGGGACAUGUGCAGUCAGUUUCUCAACGGCAGCUAUUGCUCCUUCGAGGAUGGCGAAUGCGGUUGGCAGCCAACAGCGGCCAAGGGAUCCUCCUGGAGGCGUGUCCACACCCCGCCAAAAGGGGUGCGGCCCAGCUGUUCAUCAUCCUCAGGUGCCAUGUUCAGUGUGGACGGAGGGCAGUCCAAGGGUCAUCAGGUGUCAACGUUGCUCAGGAGCCCUCUCUUCCCCCCUCCCCUACGGAACUCUCGAUGUGAGGUACGGUUCUUGAUGUGUUCUGGAGGUGGCCAGAGAGGGGCACUGUCUUUGUGGCUGGUGGAAAACAGCACACGGCCAGAGGAGCAGCGCAGACUGUGGCACUCUGCCAACGAGCCCAAGACCAAGAAAGGCUGGAGGCGCAUUAUCGUUCCUCUCUACGGACUUGUUGACUGGUACGGCGGAUCAAUUUGGUCCAUUGACAGAGAGACAAGUGAUUAUGGCCAAUCCCAGCCUUAGGCAAACAAAGUGAAGUGUAUGAAUAUUUAACAGGGUCAAAAUAGGGCACUGCAUCAUUAGAUGGUGAGGUUAUAGACUCAUACUACAGUUGAAACACGCACCAUGUCAACGCGUAAAAGAACCUGCAAACCACAGAGGUGCAUGUGCUUUGUGUAUUCUUUUGGGAUGAAAGAAAACACAUGUAGCCUCCUCAGGUCCAAAGAUGCAGUAAUGAAUAGCUUUUCUCUUCAGUUCUUCCUUCCGAAUGCAGAUUUUCAACAUUUACAUUCCAGGUUAAAACCCUCCCUUUCACCCUCCCAAUAGGUCCACUUGCCUUGUACGGUGAAUUCCAUAUUCACCUUAUCGCUCACUGUAUCACUUGUUUAAAAAACAAACAAACAAGGAAGUGAAAA